AUGGCAAAGAGAGCAUCAUGCCAAGGUGAGGCCACUAGUCGGGAUACUCUAAGAUGGACCGACGAAAUGGAUACAACCUUCAUUGAUGCUUUGAUUGAAGAAAGUCGCAAAGGUAAUAGAGUGGAUGGCACAUUUACUACAAUGGCAUAUGACAACAUACUUUCACUUUUGAGAUCUAUCUAUGGUAACCACAUCCGCAAAGAGAAUCUUAAGAAUAGACUCAAGACUUUAAAAGAUCAUUUUGGAGUUUGUUAUGAUAAUUUUCAUGGGCUUAGUGGAUUUUCCUGGAAUCCAAUUACAAAGAUGUUUGAGGCUGAGGCGGAAGUCUGGGAAGAAUUGAUUAAGGCAAAACCAGAAGUGAAAAAGUGGAUGCGUACUCCAAUCAAACACUAUGAUAAACUAUUUGAGAUAUAUGAGGAGUGGAAUGAGGAUCCAGUUACUCCUCAUGCUACUAGUUUUACAAUGGGUCAUAGUCCUGAAAUUGGUUUAUCUAACCAAUCAACUGGCUCUCAAAGAACAUCAUCAAGAGGUACUAAACGCAAAACAAUCAUGAGUGAUAAAUUAGAAUCAGAAAUGGAAACAAUGAGUAAAGGCAUUCAAGCAUUGACUGACAUGAUGAAAGAUGGGAAUCAUUUUUAUGAGAGAUCAAUUAAUAUUGCUGAAAAGCAAGUGUUAACAGCUGAAGAACAAGUGCAAGUAGCUAAGGAGCAAGUUCAAUUUGCUAAACAACAAGUGCGAAUAACUGAAAGGGGUCUUGUGAUUCUUAAGCAAAGUAGGCCUCGCAUUUACUCUGAAAAUGAUGUGUGGACUGAGUUAGAGAAUUUAGGUGUGAUGCCAGAAUUGCGCAUGAGGUGUUACCGGUUUUUAUGCAGAGAAGAUAGAGCUAAGAGAGAAUUUUUUGGUGUUCCGACUGACGUACAUCUUGCCACAUGA